CCCUCUCCCCACCCGCCCCACGUACUAAGGCGCGGUGCCUGAGGCGCUCGUCUCACUGCCCUGCUUCCCCGCUCGCUGAGCGUCCGCGCCACGCCUCCCGGCCAAGGCUCCCACAGACCUCACCAAAAUGCCGUCUCAAAUGGAACAUGCCAUGGAAACAAUGAUGUUCACGUUCCACAGAUUUGCUGGGGAUAAAGGCUACUUGACCAAGGAGGACCUCAGAGUGCUGAUGGAAAAGGAGUUCCCUGGAUUUUUAGAAAACCAAAAAGACCCUCUGGCCGUGGACAAAAUAAUGAAGGACCUGGACCAGUGCCGAGAUGGCAAAGUGGGCUUCCAGAGCUUCUUUUCGCUAAUCGCCGGGCUUACCAUCGCGUGCAAUGACUACUUCGUGGCACACAUGAAGCAGAAAGGGAAGAAGUAGAAGUGGGCAGAGUGAAGGAGCCACUCCCACCCUGACAAGUUACCCCAAAGAUGCUUACAGAAUCUGCCCCACAGUGUCCCCCUGUAUAAGGAUUUCACGAGCAGAUUGGGGCCCUUUAAAAUACAUACAAAGAAAAUCCAGCUCCCAUGCCACCAGUAGAGAAAGGAAAGUCAGCUACAUGCCAGAUAAGCUUUUGAUUUCUAUGUUGUUUGCAUCCUCCUGCCCUCAAUAAACAAAUGCCUUUUUUAAUAGCUAAUCUAAGAGAGAACGUCUGUUCCUUCUGCAGGAAUGUUUGUUCCCUUCUCCAUUUCACCCAGAGCCAGCAGUCCCUUGGCCACAGCCCACUGCAGGACUGUCUCAAGAACCAGCAAAAUGGA